AUGGGAUGUAAAUCCUGCAUUUGCUCCCAAAGAAGGAGAGUGCCUUGGCGAAACACCACCACACCACACCCAAAGCUGGACUGUUUGGUCCCUGUGUGGUCCUGCAACGCAUUGCGGAUGACGCGCUCGAUAUCGAUUUUCGCGACCCAGGCCCAGCCCAAGCCCUUAUCCCCAUUAUCUUUGCUGUUUGCUGAUUCACAACUUUCACAGAACAUGGGAUCUGCAGGAAUUGCCAUUGGACCCGACGGAAAGCCACUCAAACGGCAGGAAAAGCGAAACCAAGUUCCUCGAGGAGGCAUCACAAAACCAGGGAUGAAAAGGGGUGGAAUGCCUAUGCGUCCAAUGCGUGGUGGGAUGCCCGGUCCCCUUAUGGGAGGACCUGGAUUUGGCCCAGGUCCCUUCGGACCAGGUUUUGGACCAGGAAUGAGGGGACCCAUGCCGUAUGGAGGACCAAGCCAUAAUAUGGGAUUUGGUCCAGGAGACCAGAACGUUAGCUUUUUCAAAGGACCUCAGCCACCCGUUCCUAUGGGGAUGGGCGACGCUAGGACAGGUCCAAUGCAGUCAGGUCCAGCAAUGACACCAUCGGCUACUACAGUGGGAAGAGGUGCUGUUGGCGGAGGAGGAUUUGGAACGGGAGGAGCUGACGCUCCCAAUGGAACAGCAACUAACAGUGCUAACGAAGUUCCAGGAUUUGGAACCAAUAGUAGCAUUCAUGAAUUGUUUGGUAAAAUGGUUUGGAAGAAAAUGGAAGGUUUGCGCGAUGAAAACGUUAUUGAUCGUCUGCAGAACCGCAUCAUGAACAUGAUACACGAAGCUCUUGCUGAGCAGUCUGGCGGUAAUGGGAACAGCAGCAACCAAGUUUCUACCACAAACGGACGUCAAGUUGGUGGAUUCAGAUCAUUCUGA